AUGGUUGCUGACAGUUGCCCAAACCCACAGAGUGUGGGACGUGAAUUUGUCCGUCAAUAUUAUACCAUGUUGAAUCAAUCCCCUCAUUACAUGCAUAGAUUCUAUAGUAGCGAUUCAUAUUUUGUUCAUGGAGGUUUGGAACCAUACAGCAGGGACAUGACUCCCAGUAUUGGCCAAAAAGAUAUUCAUAAACGAGUUCAAGAAUUGAAUUUUCGCGACUGUCAUGCUAAGAUCUUACAAGUUGAUUCCCAGAAUACUCUUGGAAAUGGUGUGGUUGUCCAUGUCACUGGUGAAUUAUCUAACUGUGGGCAACCAAUGCGUCGUUUUGCUCAAACAUUUGUAUUGGCGGCGCAGUCCCCUAAGAAGUAUUAUGUUCAUAAUGACAUUUUUCGUUAUCAGGAUGUGAUGUUUAAUGAAGAUGAUGUGAAUGAUGAAGCAGAUUCUGGACAAUCAGAUGGUGAAGAAAACGGGGAAGUUGAGCAAUCUCCUGUCACUCAACAACCUCAGCAUCAAGUAAAUUAUUACAAUACUACAACUCAAGGACAGACUUUAAAUGGGGUUGCUUUGAAUGUCAUACCUACUUCGGUACCAGUACAGCAGUUGCUGCCUGAGCAAAUCCCUGUUCAAGUUCAACAACAUAUUCCAACUGUUACUGCUCCGGUACAAAAUUCGGCUCCUACUGUACUACCUCCCAGUAAUAAUGUGUCUAGAACUCAACCUCCGUACAACCAAAACCAAAUAUUGACAGAACAACCUAAAAUUCAACAUCAAGAUGAACCUACAAAUCAUAAUGUGGAUAUAAAAGAAAUUCAAGAACCUAUUAAGAAGGAUAUACCGAUUACUGAAGCUGUUUCACCUGGAGAUCAACCAAAACCAUUAUAUGCACAGCUCUUUAAGUCAGGUGGACGAUCAACAGAGACUCAUGCUGAAGCCCCUCCACCAGUUUCUGUACAGACACAAAAUUACUCAUCACCUUUACCUAAAGCAACUUCACCGGUUCGAAAUAAUGAUUAUUCAAGCAAUGCCUUUCCUAAUAACCAGUAUGAGCAGAGAGGCAAUGUUAAUAGAAAUGUGAGAAACAACUAUAAUGGUAGAGGUGGUGGUGGAGUUGGUGGAAGAAAUUUGAAUGAUAGACCUAGCAGAAAUUCUUUUAACAAUCGCGAAAAUGGAUACAACAGUGGUCCUGGUAACGACCCGAGGAUUAACAGAGGUAACCAAUCAGGGUCUUACAAUGGUAUGUUCCAAUCUGAUGAACAACAAUUGUUUAUUGGAAAAAUCCCUCCUGAGGUUCAAGAAAGUGAUUUACGUAACUUAUUCGAGAAGUUUGGUAAUUUGUUGGAUGUACGGAUAAUGAAGGGUGGCAGCAAAACUGGUGAUCCGUCUAUGAAUGGCAACUUUGGUUUUGUCAUUUUUGAAAGUAUAGAUACGGCACAUAAAGUAUUAAAGAGUCGACCUAUCAUGCUUCCUGGUGAAAAUGGCAUCAAGUUGAAUGUUGAAGAAAAGAAAAACAAGUCCAGAAGUUCAAUGGUGAAUUCAGAUGGUGGCGGCGGCGGCGGUGGUAGUGGUGGUGGUGGUGGUUUAGGUCGUGGUGGUAUGCGUGCCGGCAACAGCCGUGGAGGUUUCAAUAGGAACCAGAAUGAUGGACCUAGAAACAACAACUUUAGGCGUCAAAAUUAA